UACACGCCGGUUGCCAAGCGCCCGGAUUUAAUGACGUCACUGAGAGGCUAUUCCGAGGCGUAAUUGCGAGGCUGGCGGACACCCGGUGCAGGAGGACGGACGAGCCCAGCGGAGGAAGAAAGCGCCGGCCGAGAGGAGAGGAGCGACCUCGCGGAGCAGCCCUGCCCACCUCAGGCGAGGUUCCCCGGGAGGCAGCGGCGAUAAGAAAAUCCCGGCUGCUCCGGGGCUGCCGAAGAGCCGCCCGCAAACGGGAUGAGCCGGAGCCGAAGGGGGAUGCUUGGGGGAAGAAUCGGAGAGAAGGACGGAAAGGCGGGAACAAUCAGAGCCGCCGAGAUGCUCCCGGAGCGCGUGGAGUCCUUCAGCACAGACGGAAAACACGGGAAUCCCCGAAGAAGAAAAAUCCAACGGGGAGAAAAAAAACUCGACUGCACAGAAUGUGAAAAAUCCUUCAAAACAAACCAGCAGCUUCAAAACCACCUGAGAACCCAUUCAGGAGAAAAACUCUAUCAGUGCCAGGAAUGUGGAAAGAGCUUCUGUGUGAGGGGAAAUCUUGAUAAGCAUCAAAGAAUUCACACUGGAGAAAAACCAUACAAAUGCGAGGAGUGUGGAAAGAGCUUUGCUCGAGACAGAUACCUCCAUCAACAUCAAAAAAUUCACACAGGAGAAAACCCAUAUAAAUGUCUGGAAUGUGGAAAGAGCUUCAAUCAGAUGGACAGUCUUUAUAGACAUCAAAGAAUCCACUUGGGAGAAAAAUCUUACAAAUGCCUGGAGUGUGGAAAGAGCUUCAAUGUGAGUGGAAGAUUCUAUGUUCAUCAAAGAAUUCACACUGGAGAAAAACCCUACAAAUGCAUGGAGUGUGGAAAGAGCUUUAUUCAUGGUGGAUCUCUCCAUCAACAUCAAAGAAUUCACACUGGAGAAAAACCUUACAAAUGCCUGGAGUGUGGAAAGAGCUUUACUCAGGGUGGACACCUCCGUGAACAUCAAAGAAUCCACAUAGGAGAAAAACCCUACAAAUGCCUGGAGUGUGGAAAGAGCUUUGCUUGGAAUGGAAACCUCCGUCAACAUCAAAAAAUUCACACAGGAGAAAAACCAUAUAAAUGUCUGGAAUGUGGAAAGAGCUUUACUCACAAUGGAUACCUACAUCAACAUCAAAGAAUUCACACAGGAGAAAAACCUUAUAAAUGCCAGGGUUGUGGAAAGAGCUUCGGUCAGAUGGGCAGUUUUUAUAGACAUCAAAAAAUCCACUCAGCAGAAAAACCCUACAAAUGCCUGGAGUGUGGAAAGAGCUUUACUCAGGGUGGAAACCUCAGUAAACAUCAAAGAAUUCACACUGGAGAAAAACCCUACAGAUGCCUGGAGUGUGGAAAGAGCUUUACUGUAGUUGGGAACCUCCGUCUCCAUCAAAUAAUUCACACUGGAGAAAAACCCUACAAAUGUCUGGAGUGUGGAAAGAGCUUUACUCAGAGUGGAUCUCUCCAUCAGCAUCAAAGAAUUCACACUGGAGAAAAACCUUACAAAUGCCUGGAGUGUGGAAAGAGCUUUACUCGGGGUGGAUACCUCCGUGAACAUCAAAAAAUUCACACAGGAGAAAAACCAUAUAAAUGUCUGGAAUGUGGAAAGAGCUUUACUCAGAGUGGAUCUCUCCAUCAACAUCAAAGAAUUCACACAGGAGAAAAACCUUAUAAAUGCCAGGAUUGUGGAAAAAGCUUUGGUCAGAUGGACUGUCUUUAUAAACAUCAAAGGUUCCAUUCAGCAGAAAAACCUUACAAAUGCCUGGAGUGUGGAAAGAGAUUCAAUGUGAAAGAUAGUUUUUAUAGACAUCAAAGAAUUCACACUGGAGAAAAACCUUACAAGUGCCUGGAGUGUGGAAAGAGCUUUACUCAGGGUGGAAACCUCAGUAAACAUCAAAGAAUUCACAUACGAGAAAAACCGUAUGAAUGCCUGGAGUGUGGAAAGAGCUUUACUCAGAGUGGACACUGUGAACAUCAAAGAAUUCACACUGGAGAAAAACCAUAUAAAUGUCUGGAAUGUGGAAAGAGCUUUACUCGGGGUGGAUACCUACGUCAACAUCAAAUAAUUCACACAGGUGAAAAACCUUAUAAAUGCCAGGAUUGUGGAAAGAGCUUUAGGCUAUCCCGACGCCUUCAAAACCACCUGAGAACCCACACAGGAGAAAAACCCUAUCAGUGCCAGGAAUGUGGAAAGAGCUUCAGUGUGAGGGGAAAUCUUUGUAGACAUCAAAUAAUUCACACCGGAGAAAAACCCUACCAGUGUCUGGAAUGUGGAAAGAGCUUCAAUCUGAGGAUAACUCUUGAUAAUCAUCAGAGAAUUCACACCGGAGAAAAACCUUAUAAAUGUCUGGAAUGUGGAAAGAGCUUCCGUCACACCAGCGGUCUUUAUAUACAUCAAAGAAUCCACUCAGGAGAAAAAUCUUACAGGUGCCUGGAGUGUGGAAAGAGCUUUAAUGUGAAGGGAAAUUUUUAUAAUCAUCAAAGAAUUCACUCUGGAGAAAAACCCUACAAAUGCAUGGAGUGUGGAAAGAGCUUUACUCAGGGUGGACACCUCCGUGAACAUCAAAGAAUUCACACUGGAGAAAAACCAUACAAAUGCCUGGAGUGUGGAAAGAGCUUUGCUCAGGAUGGACACCUCCGUCAACAUCAAAGAAUUCACACAGGAGAAAAACCAUAUAAAUGUCUGGAAUGCGGAAAGAGCUUCAAUCAGAUGGACAGUCUUUAUAGACAUCAAAGAAUCCACUCAGGAGAAAAAUCUUACAAAUGCCUGGAGUGUGGAAAGAGCUUCAAUGUGAGUGGAAAUUUUUAUAAUCAUCAAAGAAUUCAUACUGGAGAAAAACCCUACAAAUGCAUGGAGUGUGGAAAGAGCUUUACUCAUGGUGGAUCUCUCCAUCAACAUCAAAGAAUUCACACUGGAGAAAAACCUUACAAAUGCCUGGAGUGUGGAAAGAGCUUUACUCAGGGUGGACACCUCAGUAAACAUCAAAGAAUCCACAUAGGAGAAAAACCCUACAAAUGCCUGGAGUGUGGAAAGAACUUUACUCAGGGUGGACACCUCCGUGAACAUCAAAGAAUUCACACAGGAGAAAAACCAUAUAAAUGUCUGGAAUGUGGAAAGAGCUUUACUCAGAGUGGAUACCUUCGUCAACAUCAAAGAAUUCACACAGGAGAAAAACCUUAUAAAUGCCAGGAUUGUGGAAAGAGCUUCAGUCAGAUGGGCAGUUUUUAUAGUCAUCAAAGAAUCCACUCAGCAGAAAAACGCUACAAAUGCCUGGAGUGUGGAAAAAGAUUCAAUGUGAAAGGAAGUUUUUAUCGACAUCAAAGAAUUCACACUGGAGAAAAACCCUACACAUGCCUGGAGUGUGGAAAGAGCUUCAAUGUGAGGGGAAAUUUUAAUAAUCAUCAAAGAAUUCACACUGGAGAAAAACCUUACAGAUGCCUAGAGUGUGGAAAGAGCUUUACUCAGGUUGGAAACCUCCGUCUCCAUCAAAGAAUUCACAGUGGAGAAAAACCCUACAAAUGCCUGGAGUGUGGGAAGAGCUUUGCUCGGGAUGGACACCUCCGUCAACAUCAAAGAAUUCAUACUGGAGAAAAACCUUAUAAAUAUCGGGAGUGUGGAAAGAGGAGAACUAACAGGAGUAAUCUUUAUAAAUAUCAAAGAAACCAUUCAAAUAUUUAAGGAAGUUAAAUACUUGGGAAUAUAUUUAUCAGCCAGAUGCGCAAUGAUAAAAGUAUACAAUUAUAUAAAAGGAGCUGGAUACUCGUGCUCCACUAUGAAACUAUGUGAUCGGGCUUGAUGAAUCGACACUUACACCUUGAAACUUAAUGAGUAGUUAUGAUCGGCCUCUCCUCUCCCCUUCUCUCCCUCAGGCUUGCCCCACAGAAGCCUCUCCUAUUCCCCUUCUCUUUCUCAGCCUAGCCCCACUGAUCCUCUCCUAUCCCCUUCUCUCCCUCAGACUUGCCCCACAGAGGCCUCUCAUAUCUUAUAUCCUUCUUUCCCUCAGUCUAACUCCUUAGCAUUACAGCGUUUUUCAGGUGGGGAGGAGGAGUAGAUUGUCUAAAUUCCCAGCCUGGAGGCCGGAUGAGUCAUGCAUUAGCCACACCGAUGCCCAAGUGGCAGUUGGAACAGAGUUCUUUUCAGAGGGGGGGUAGAACAUCUAACUCCUUAGCAUCAUAGCGCGUUAAUAAUAAUAUAAGAAAUACUAAUGAUCUGAUGGUCAUUUUGAAAAAUCCUUUCUUAACAAGCACCUAUAAGCCAAGAGGAACAUACGUGCCAAAUUUCAAGUUUGUAGGCUUUACGGUUUGGAGAUUUCAUGAUGAUGCGUGAGUGGUAUUUCACUUUUAUAUAUAUAGAUUACUUAAGCAAAUAAACUUAGAUUUGGAAAAAUGGAAAAAAUCUACAUCAAUGCUGGGAAGAAUUGCUACGUAAAAAUGAAUAUCCUACCAAAAUUGAUUUUCCUGUUCCAAACAGCACCUAUAAAAAUUGAAAAGAAAUUAUUUCAUGAUUUGAAUAAAUUGAUUUUGAAAUUUAUUUGGGAAGGAAAAAAAGAGAAUAAAAUGGAAAAUGUUACAAGAAUCUAAAGAAAAUGGAGGGUUUGGACUGCCAGAUUGGUUUUUGUAUUGUGAUAACAUGGCUAAAAGGAUGGAUAACCCUCAGUCACAAAAGACUGUUAUAUUUAGUUUUGAAAGAGCUUUACUCAGGGUGGACACCUCCGUUAACAUCAAAGAAUCCACUCCAGAGAAAAACCAUAUAAAUGCCUGGAAUGUGGAAAGAGUUUCCAUGUGAGGUGAACUCUUUAUAAUCAUCAAAGAAUUCACACCUGAAAAAAAAAUGUGGAAAGAGGUAUAGUUGGCUGAGAAACCUUUAUACACAUCAAAGAAUCUACUCAGGAGAAAUACUCUGUAAAUGCCUUGACUGUGGAAAGACCUUUAAUCAGAAGAACAACUUUAAUAGGCAGCAAUUAUCCAUUCUCGGGAAAAGCCCUAUAAAUGUGGAAAGAAUUUUAUUGACGGUGGAAACCUGUACCAACAUGUUUCACUAACCAGCAAAAUCAGUUCAGCUCUGACUGAAAUGCUCCAAGAUUUUUCAAGGUAUAAGAAAUUCCUUGAAUAUUUAUUACUGACCUAACCUAAAAAGGCAAGUAUUUGGAUCCUUACACUUCAUUGCCAUCUCAAAUUGUAUGUGGCAGUGUGAGCAAGGACUGUAUCAUCAACUCAAAUAUUCCAUAGUACAUAAACUUCCGAAACAUUUUACUGUUCUUUCCAUAACUAGUCAGUAAAUAGUAACCACAGUUAACAUUGGUUCAGUUUUACUACUGUUUUACUGCUGUUAAUAUAAAAGGAACAUUUUACUUAGCUUAAUUUGAAUUCUAUUACAAAUUAUUACGUGUUUUGCCUGAUCACAUUUUUUUCUUACAAAUCAAUCCACAUCUUGCAGAUUGUGCAAGGGAGCAACAGUAUUCAAUUGUACAUUCUUAUAUAAUCAUUGCAAAUGUAAUUCAGAGGUGCUGUAGUUAAAUAUAUUACUUAGCAAGGUGGGCCAGAGUCGGUCUUUCCUUUCAGUAGUAGAGGUUCGUGCUGAAGGCAACCUUCAACAGCAGCAGCUCCUUUACCUUCUCUUCCUGGCUCUGUAAAUAUAUCCCAAGUAUGAACUAUUUGCAUCUCAGCCUUUCCAUCUUGGCUGGAAUACAUCUCUCCCAACACAGCUGAUGUGCAGCAAGCCGAGAAAGCCAGAUAUAUGCCACAGUACCCAAAGCUACUUCCUCUCAGGUGUCUUCUCAGGGCCAAAUGUAACCCCUCUCUCUAAAGUAGCUUUGUGAUCCAGCUUUAGAGACCUUUUGUUAGGUUUUGCCAAUUACUAUUUUUAAUGCAACAGAAGGGGGAAUGUUUGAACACAUGAUAUAAGAUAAUCUUACUACCUGUAAUUGACUUGCAAUCGCUUAGUAAGCCAGACAAAUCUUAUUUCAUUCUUUAACAAAUUCAUUAAAUUAGUGGACCACCAAAAUGCAUACUUGAUAUAGCAUACUUGGAUUUCAGUAAGGCAUUUGACAAAGUAGACCACAGCCUACUACUUGAUAAAUUAUAAAGAUGGGGGUUAGACAGCAUCAGUGCCAGAUGGAUUCAUAACUGAUAGACAAACCACUCUCAACAUGUAGUCCUUGUACCUAUCUGGAGGAAAAUAAGCAGUGGGGUUUCCCACAGUUCUGUCUUAGGGCCAGUACAUUUCAACAUCUUCAUAAAAAAUAUAGAUGGGAUAUAAGGAGAACUCAUCAGAUUUGCAGAUGACCCCAAGCUGGCAGCGAUAGCCAACACUCCAAAUAUAGGCUCAGGAACCAGAUGGAUCUUGAUAGUCUUGACCACUGGGCCCAUGUAACAAAACAAAAUUCAAUUGUGAGAAAGGUUAAGUUUUACACAGACAAGAAAAAGCAAAUGUACAGGUAAAUAGACCAGUAGAAAGCAUGUCUUAGUAAAUAUAUGCUGUAUUCCAUUGGAAAGGUACAAUUAAUAAUAAUAAUAAUAAUAAUAAUAAUAAUAAUAAUAAUAAUAAUAAUAAUAAUAAUAAUAAUAAUAAUAAUAAUAUUUUAAUUUGUAUACCGCCCUUCUCCCGAAGGACUCAGGGCGGUGAACAGGCAGAUAAAAUAUAAAUACACACAAUAAUUUAAAAACAACCCUUAAAAAACUAAUUUAAAUGCCCAAAACGUUAAAAAACAUACUCCCCUGUAAAAUAACACAAUUUUAAAAACCCAUCCAAUAAAAAUAAAAAUCAGGCUAGUCCAGCCAUAUGAAAUAAAUAAGUUUUAAGUUCGCGGCGAAAGGUCCUAAGGUCAGGUAAUUGUCGAAGUCCGAGGGGAAGUUCGUUCCACAGGGUCGGAG